AUGGCGGUCGAAGAACAACUCGUUCACGCCAGAAAAAUCGCAACCGAGCGCCUAGGGCUCAAGGUCGUGGACAUCGCGCCACAGGGGAGAGUAUACAACAACUUUACCUACAAGCUCUCUGUGGAUGCAGCGGACGGCCCGCCUGUGCUCCGGUCUACAGGGCAGCACGGAACGACUGCCCUCCCACCAGAUGUCCAAUCUCUCAUUCUGCGCAUUCCGAACCCGGAUGCAUCCCUGAACCAAGAUGCUAGGGUCGAACAUGAGGUUGCUGCCCUUGCACUCGUGAAGAGUUCUGGUCCGCCCUUGUUGCGGUCAUUGAUCCCAGAUGUCUAUUCCUGGGCGAGUGUCAGCCAGGCUAACGAAGGAGGCUGGAUACUGUACGAAUGCAAGGAAGGCGUCAAUAUUGGGCUUGACUUCCCAAGACUCCCACACGAGAAGCAAAAGGUUCUGUUGUCCCAGUUGGCGCAAAUUACCGAAGCUUUCCAGGAGCUGCCCUUGCCCGCUAGCAUUGAUCGGUAUGGAGGGCUGCGGUUCAACGAGAACGGUGAAGUGGUAAGUGGAUCGGCGGCACUGCCGAUUGGGGAACCUGUGGAAACCUAUCAGGAUAUGUAUCGGAAUGUCCUGCGUCGUCAGCUUGAGCUCUCAGACACCAGCGAGUUCAUCAACGGGUGGAAGAGCACAGACCUACGGGAACGGCUGGACAAAUUUGCAGCGAAGGGAGUGGAAGAACUGUUCAAAAGAGUGUCCAUCCCAAACAGAAAGACCUUAGUACACGGUGAUCUGAGUUGCGCACUCAAAACGUCCUGGUUGACCCCAAAACAUACCAAAUAA